AUGUCGUCAACCUCUACAGAGACAGAGUCUGAGAAGGCUCUGGGUCCUGUAGUCAAUGAAUCCCCAUCAGCCUCGCCUCCUCCACCUGAACCCAAAGAAGGCGGCCUCCACAGCUGGCUUCAAGUCUUGAGCACGCUCUUCAUUCUCUUCAACAUCUGGGGCCUAGCCUUCGCCUUCGGCUCCUUCCAAACAUUCUACACCCUCAACUUCCUCCCCACAACCUCACCAUCCUCCUCCUGGCUCCUCAUAAUCGGCGGGCUGAUUUCCGGCCCCCUCUUCGACGCCGGCUACUACAUUCCCCUCAUCGCAACCGGGUCAUUUCUCUCUGUCUUCGGGAUCAUGAUGCUCUCCUUGUCUACGGCGUACUAUCAGAUCCUACUCUCGCAGGGGAUAUGCACGGGACUAGGGUUUGGAUUGCUGUACAUCCCGGCGUUGACGAUCGUUAGUCGCGGGUUCGUCAAGAAACGGGCUUUGGCGUUCGGGAUCGCGACUGCGGGGGCGCCGGCGGGUGGUGUGAUAUACAACCUUGCUUGUAUUUGA